GAUCACCUAACACAAAAAAGCAGCAACACACUAUAAGUACGAGGCCGCCAAGUCUUCCUAAGAGAAGCGUGACUCACCGCUCUUUCCGCGCCAAGUAAGUGAAGGCUUUGGGUGGAACUGCAAAUUUAUUCAAGAAGGUAGCAACCAAUAUUGUGGCUCUGGAAAUCAGUUUUUGCAACGAGAGGCUGGCAGACCGUGGAAAAACGAUAGGCAGACAUCAUUGUGUGAGAGCGGAUGGAUUUAUUAUGCGCAAAAUUUUGUGCUUGAGAAACUGGGUGUAACGUCACGUGACCGCACUUAGACCGUGGCUUUUGAUUGCGAUCAAUAGCUGUUGUCGAUAUUGCAUUCUAUUUGUCUCCUUGAGUUCGUAUUCUAUUAUUUUGAUUUUCCAUUUUCAUUUUUAUUUUUAGGUAAAUUUAAAAAAAUUUCUUGAUAUGAAAUUCGUUAUAAAUGAAUGGAUGUACCGAAUAUCAACACUAAAAGGGAUUCUAACUGACAGUGUACAGUAUACAUACAGACUAUAUAUUCAAGUGUUUAUGCGCAUGCGUUGGAAUUACGUGGGCGGAGGUUGGUUGCAAAUUUGAAGACCCACCAAUUGGUACCAACUCGUCAUCAACUUCUGUAUCUAAUAAGCGAUCUCUUUUCAUCUUCCAAGUGUAUCCGAAACCAAACAGGGUCGGUUAGAUAUCUAAUUAGUUUUUCCGGUGAACUUCUGCAUUGCGCACGCGUAGUUUGCUUGUAGGGCGGAUCUAGUGCUCUGUGAGCGAACCGCCAAUCAGAUCGUAUUUGGAAAGGAUCACGGAAGUCAAGACGUCACGUCACGUUUGUGUUGCCUUGUUCAUUGCUAUCUUUCCAUUUCCAGCGUUUUCCAACUUUCCACAGUUUUACAGAGAUGGACGAGUCUGAGUUGGCAAAGGACGUCAUGAUUUGCUACUCGAGGGCUGAUUUGAGUUUCCUGAAAAUCCUAGCAGACGCUCUGACCAGUCAAAAUCUGAGUGUGUGGUACGACACACAAGAUAUCGACAAAGGUUCUUCAUGGGUUGAGUCCAUUUCUGUUGCAAUUCGAGAUUGUAAAGCUAUUGUUUUUAUGCUUAGUCAGAGCUCGCUGCAGUCUUUGUAUUGUAAGGAGGAACUUUUGAUGGCUCGUGCAUAUGGAAAGCCUAUUUUUCCAGUGGCUUUGGAUAGCAGUGGGAAACUACUGAACAGUUUGCCGAAUUGGGCUCUUAUUAUCGUGCCUAUUCAAUGGACAUUCCUAUCUGAAGACUCGUGGAACGAGUCCGAGUACCGGAAACUCUACAUCUGCAUCGAACGAGCGAUCGGACGUCGACGAACAACAUCGAUCGACGAAUUCACCGACGAACUUGAACAACAAGUUCACGAGAGUAGUUCAUCUGGCGCCAUGUCAUUUCGCGAAUUCUGGUCUCUUUCGUUCCCGGAAGGAACCGAUCGGGUCGAUUGUCUCGAGUUGUGUCGCAAGAUGACAGGCCGAUGUGCUACUCAACUUGGAUGGAUUGCUGGGGACGAGAGUGCCGGCUACGAAGGCAGCUUGUUCGACAAGUUAGAGCUGCAAGAGGCCAUCACCGUUCUAUGCAAUGAUAUCGCAUUACGGCUGACACAGAAAGAGACAGUGAAAGGAGGUGAGGGUCUCGAGGUGGAGAAAAGAUUGGUGCUCAAGCUGCUUGAUAUGAGUGAAGACGAUUUGUUGAUUAGCCGACUGGUUGACUACUGGGGUCGCUUUGAUGCCAUCAAGCAAUCACUGUUGUCACACAUGCGUAGCACGGGAUUGAGCAUGUUGGGUUCUGGCAUCAACAUGGAUAACGUUCACUACUACAUAUCGUUGGCAAGCUACCGCUCACCGGAUGGUUCGGUCGAAGCCGGUCAGCCCGUCGUGAAACAAAGCAAAGGGCAGGUGCGUUCAGCCGCCGACGAUGCCAACGUUCGUUGCCAGGCGACUCUCGCUCUUGGAUGCUGCACUGACAAAGAUCCAACUCUGAGAACACUGACGGUCGAGAGGAUUACGGCUAAUCUUGAUGAUCGAGAUCGAUUGGUCCGAGAAGCUGCUUCGAGGGCUCUAGGACGACUGAAGGCGGUCAGAAGCGUUCCCAAGCUCAUUAGUGUUUGGAGAAACGAUUUUAUUCAUCCAGUUCGAGUGGCUGCCCGAGAGGUUCUUCUCAAGUUGGCCGACGAGUUUGCUGAGGCCAGAGAUGCAAUGGAUCUGACAGAGAAACUACAAGGGGAAAUGAACGGCUACGUGUAGUAGCACAGUUGCCUGUCUGUUCGACGCAGUAUAUAUAUAUACACUCAAACUUGCUCUUUUAGUGUGACUUUUGCAGCUUGCGCCGGAAGUAUCAACUGCUAUGUGUGAUCUAGUUUGAGAGGUCUCUGAUUUUCCCGAUUGAUUUCUAUGUGAUGAAUGCAAUUUGUGUUGCAAAUUUGUCAAGUCUA